AUCAUUAAGGCAUCGAGUAUUGUUUGCUGUACACCAAGAAAAAAAAAACGUUAUUUGGGUGACACACCACUCCAUAAGCCUUAAAUGUUGUGCCUAAUUUUUAUCAAUGCAAAAGAACUGAAAUCAAAAACUAAAAUUUCCAGAUGAGUACGGUACACAACUCCCCUACUUCUUUGGAUUUAAAAAAAAAAUCGACAACAGUGUGCUGCGAAACGUUCAAGACGACUUCCGGUAAACCGAAAACAUAGCUCAAGGCGAAAUGUAAACGAAGGAAGAAUCAGACGCGCAUUUAGUCUAUUUACAGGACAGUAUACCAGGGACAGCCGCGCUUGUCGACGCUCAAGGAAGUAUAGAGUCAUAAUUAAAACUAUCGCUUACCAGGCACCCCAGUGCCACAUUACCUGUAGACAAAUCAGUUUAACAGAAUGAAUUUCGCGUCGCCGUAUGUAUUUUAUGACACAGGAACAGAUGCCUACGAAGAGGUUUCAGACGAUGAAUUUCAAGCUGGAAUGCAAGUCAGUGACUCAGGUUCUGAUGAAGAGCCAGAUCAUGACUAUGCCAGACCAGACCAAGCUACCCCUGGUGUGCAUCAGUCUGGAGAACUGGCACCAGAAAGAGAUGGUGGUUUGGCUCCUGUGAGAGGAGAUGUCAGUGUUUCACCUCAGACAGCAUUAUGCGCUCAACUACCACCUACCGAUCGUAUAUCUCUAUCUCCACCAAAGAGAGCCUCUUUCACUCAAGAAAACAAGUCCAAGCCAAAGAGGCAGCCACACUGGAAGUCUUCAAAAGAAAAAUCAUCCAGUUCUAGUGAUUCAAAGCCUCAAAAAAGGCAGAGAAGCCGGACAUUUCGCCGAGCAGACACAAACGUGGUAUCAGUGACCUUUGAUGCAUUAAAAACACCAGGCACAAUGCAUGCUGGUGAAGCUGCUAACUGCGCCAGAUGUGAGGCUAUUCUUUCACAUAUAAGCAAAUUGGAGACAGAUGGCUCAGAGAAGGUGUGGAAUUGCGAGUUUUGUGGAAAUCGCAACGUUGUUGAUAUUGAGGAAGAAGAAAAGCCAGCAGCUAGUGAUGUGACAUUUCUUGUUGAACCAUCACAGACCACUUUAGCCAGUGGACCUUUGGGCCGAGAUGAAUCACUGGUUAUUUUUUGCAUUGACAUCUCAGGCAGCAUGUGUGUCACAUCAGAAAUUUCGGGACACAUGCGACUGCGUGGGGGAACGCCGCUGCACCGUCUUCGCAGUAUGAAUGCAAGUGGCGAAGACCAGCACUUGCCACAUCAGCGCCGUGAUGUGACAUAUGUUUCAAGACUCCAGGCUGUGCAGGCUGCAGUUGAUCAUCAGCUGAAUGAAAUGGCUAAAAAUUCGCCCUUUCGUCGAGUUGGUGUCGUCACCUUUAACUGUGAUGUGACUGUUAUUGGAGAUGGGACAACCGAAGUGGUAACACUGGCAGGUGAGAAGCUCAAGAACAUGGAGGAACUAACAAGACUUGGUUCGGAACUGCCACUGCCUAAAGCCAUAAAGGAAACUUGCAGUUUACUUGGAAACAAAGUUUUCGCGCUUGAAGAAGGUGGGCCAACUGCUCUGGGGUCAGCUCUCGUGGUGGCUCUUAGCAUGGCAGCUCACCAGCCAGGGUCAAAGGUGAUCUUGUGUACAGAUGGUAUGGCCAACAUUGGUUUGGGUAAACUUGAGGACUUUGGAAGCGAAGAUCCAGCUGAAUUUUACGAGAAGAUUGCCGAGUCUGCCAGUGCUAAAGGAGUUUCAGUCUCAGUCAUCACAAUAAAGGGAACAGAUUGUAAGCUGGUGCACCUGGGCAAACUUUCUGAGAAGACAGGGGGACAGGUGAAUAUUGUUGAUCCCUUGAAGUUGAAUGAGCAGUUCAGCAACAUUUUAGCUGACAGAAUCAUUGCCACAGGAGUAGUUGCUACAUUCAUCGUACAUUGUGAUUUGUAUAUCGGAUCAGAAGAGAACCCUGAGAGCAAAGAACGACGAGAAAUUGGAAAUGUUACUGCAGAAAUGGAAAUUUCUUUUGAGUUUGGCAUUAGAAAGAAGAACAAACCAAAACCUAAGGGAGGACAGCUGGAGUGCAUUACUGAAGUGUCCUCUAGCCUUGAAGCAAGUUCUCUCCUAAAAGCACCAAUCCACUCAACUGGGGAGCCUGAAGCAAUGGAUGAAGGGGACACUGCCCAAAGCAAUGCAGGUAGCACUGAUGGCGAUGGUCACCAGCAAGACAAUACAACAGAUGCAUGCAGGAUGAGUGAUGUAAAGAGAGAAAUGAAUGUUCCCCCAGAGCUGCCAUUUCAACUGCAGAUCCAGUAUACUGAUGCAGAUGGGACGAAGGCCUUGCGUGUGCUGACACAGAAAAAACCAGUGACACAUGACAGACAGCUGGCAGAGGAAAUGGCAAACGUUGGUGUCAUUGGAGUGCAUGCUGCUCGACUUUCUUCUGAUCUGGCAUUGCAGGGAGAAUACUCUCGCUCUCGUGGAGUAGCUCUCAUGCAUCAGCGUCUGGCAUGGCGAAGCUGUCAUUCAUCAAGAUCUACAUCUUCAGAUGAAAAUCUGCAAGCCUACCGCACUGUUGUUUCUCACCUAAAGACAGUUGAAAAUUCAGUACAACAAAAACAACAGCGUGAAGUAGAGUUGUAUGGGAGAACACACAGCGAUGAUGAUGAUGAUGAUGAAGAGGAGGCAAAUUUGGCACAGCCUGCUGCUAUGAAUUAUGAAAUGGAUGCUACAUCUGCUAGUACCCGGCACCCCAUCAAAGGCAGCAAAGUCUUUAAGAAACAUGUGCGCAGUAUGGAUGUUGAUGAUGGUAUGGCUGAACUAAUGUACAGGUCACGUGGACUGUCUACAACUAGUUUGGACUGGAAGAGCAAGAACAUCAAAAAGUGAAUUGUGCUCACUCAUUGCAAUACUCUACAUCAGCUUUCUAUCAGCUCUUGCAACAAUUAUUGCUUGUUUUAAGGUUAUAUGUUUCAGAAAAUUGUUAAGACUGUUGUGUUGAACAAAUCAAAGAUUAAUUUAAAAAUGGAUCUUGAUUCAGAAAAAUUAAGAGCAUCACAUUUUAAUGUUGUCAGAUUUGUAGUCCUUUUCAGAGGUUUCAGGUGCCUAGUAUAUAGUCAGUAUAGAACUUUACAAAUUGAAGGGGGAAAAAAAUGUGGGUAGGUCAAUGUGUAGGAAAUGCACCACAGAAGUUAAAGCAGUUACCCCAGUCCAUGGCUUAUCUAACAAUGAGCAUGAAAAUGAAUUUUACAGAAGAAAGAUUAGCACAGUUUUUUUUCUCUGCCAAUCCUUUGGGUAACUGCAUGCGUGCAAUGUGCAUUAAAUCUGAGAAACAUUAAAUCUCAUUAAAUCUGAGAGGGGACAAAAAUGAAAAGUUUCGCUGAAGUGGCAUUGGAAAUGUAGUGGCUGGCUGACAGCUACUACAUCAAAUGUUGAGUAGUAUUUCAGUGGCCCUGAAUGGAGACCUUUUCUUUUAAAAAUAAGUGAUGGUUAAAAAAACCAUGAAAGAACUGGUUUAUUAGUUGUGCUGUUGCCUUUAUAGCUUUCUGAGAACUGCUGCUCAUGUGACCAGUGGAGUGCCUCACACACCAGGCACAAGAACAUCAUCUCGAUAGUUAUAGAGCAAAUUUAGUCCAUUAUCUUCUGUUGUUGAGUCCUCUGGUAAUUUUUAAAGAAAGAAUAUGGAAUAAAAAUGUUUUUUUAAAGUGCAUAGUUAUGUUCAUUUAAUUUUUUUAACUACUGCACCAUGUGUUUCUAUUUUCAUAGUAAGAACAAUUAUCUGAACGCUAUUCAACCCAAGGUUUGCUCUUCAGUGACUUUGCAAAACAUGAAAAAACAGGGUUGGAAAUCUGUGUGUAAUUAAUAAAGGCCAUUAACCUAAAUAUUGAAGUCAGAAGUUUAGUCCACCAUUGUGAUCAUUGUUCUGUUGGAUUUACAUGUUGUUUUUUUUUUAAUAACUAGAGUGGUUAGUUUAUUUCAUUUUUGUGAGAACAAUGCGAUCUUAUUACUUGUGACUUAUGUUGCAAUCACAUUUAGCAUUAGUAGUGUUAUAUGAAAUAAUCUGCUUUAGUAAUGCAUUAAUAGAGUAAUGAUGCAACUGAUGUUUUGCCAAAGGAUUUUUGCAUUGUUAUUGCAAUGAAAAAUAUCAUAAGAUAUUUGGAGAACAAAUGUGUAAUAGUCUUUUGAUGGAAUUCUGUAGUCGGAGAAGAAAAUGGCAAAUGUUAAAAUGUAAACUAUAAAAGCAUUAUAAUAAAAUUAUUAAUAUGCCAUACAUUUGUUUAAUUUAUGGAGAUGAUGCUAGUUCAUAAACAUUUUAAAACAUGAUGCUGCAAGGGCUUAGCCAUGUCAUAAUGUUAAAGGCCUACUUUAAUGCAAUUUUUUUGUAAACCACUGGGUUAUAUAGGAUACUAAUAAUCUAAAUCAGAGCAAAGAACUCCAUUUCAUUAUUGAGAUACAAGCUUUUGAACAUUGCAAUUUUCAUCUGCAAUUGAGGAAGAGAUCAAGAUCUUGUUUUCCAUGAAGUCACAAACAAGAGCUUUCUGUUAUUGUAGCUCCUUAGCAUGAGUUUGAAGAUCUGCACUGUUAUAGUUAUUCCUCCUUAACUUGAGCUUGAAGAUCUGGCAUUGUCUACACUCAAUACUGACAGAAAUUAGCAUUUAGGUCAUUUGCUAUGGUUUUUCUGGGGAAAAAAAUCUGUUUUUCACUAUGAAAAUGACAGUGCUGUACAAACUAGGCAGAACUUGGAUUUUACCUUCAUGCUUGCGACAGGUUAGACAAUGAUUUCAAGCCCAACUGCUGUGACAUGUUCUUUACCCUGAGCAUGAAUUUAUUUAUGCUUACAUGCUUUCGCAACAUCCCCCUCCACACACACAGAUGGCAUGACCUUUGAGCUGUGAUAUAUGACUGUUAAUAUUUUUCAGAUAUUUGUAAAAUGUUUUUUGCUCAUAAAUGCUUGUGACAGCAUACUUUUCAUCACUUUCGUAUUAUUCUAGACUCUUACUUUUGUUACCUGAAUAUUGUUUGCUAUUUAUUUACUGUGUUGAUUCCUAUUUAUUUCUUGACUUUUUUUGUUAAUCUUCUGAUUUUUUUAUGCUGUAGUUGUCUUAAUUUUUGUAGUUGUAUGUUUCUCUAAGCAGCUGCAUUUUGACAUGCACAGGAAAUGUUGGCCUAGAUGAGUGUGUACUAUACAUUCUUCUUGUACUUUUUUUAGUUGUCUAAAGAAAUCCACUGAAAUAUGUUUACCUGCUUGUAUUACACUUUAAAAAGCACUUCCAGUUUAAAAAAACGUGACUUUCACUGUCUUUUCUGGCUAUCUGUUUUAAUAUUGGCCAGGCAGUUAUUGUUAUGACAUGAUUUCAUUUUCUUGUUUUAGGGGCAGAUUUUGUUGUCUACUGUGUACUAUAUUCUACAUAUUAUUUCUCAUUUAACAUGUAUAUACAAUAGGAAUGUGAACAAAAUCCUCACCAUAUUGUAUUACAUUUUUUUUUGAUUGGUAAUAUUAAGAGUGAGAGUGAAGAGAGAAAAAUAGCCAAACACAAGUUUUGAAUUGAUGUCAAGCCACUUACAAAUGACCUCUGUCCUCAUACUGUGCACACAUUGCAAUGUGUAGGACAGAGAUAAUCAAAUUGACCUGUCUGCACCAAUUCUAGACCAGAGCUCCACAGAUUUUCGUGCUUAACAUGUGUCUAGUUUUGUGGCUAUGACAAGACUUCUGUAGUGCUUAUCCUUGUCUUCAGAUGAGUGCCAAUGCUUCCAACAAGUGUGCAUGUUCCGUAAGUUUAUUUUUUCUUUGAAGAACAUAGCAUUUUCUGAAAUCUUUAGGAUCUUAUCAGUAUUGGUAACAUUGUUGAAACAAUAUGAAAUGAAUGAGUCUAUAAAAAGAAACCUGUUUGUCAUAUUUUCUAAUUAUUUUUAAUUUAUUAAGUAAUAACUCACAAUUUGUCAUAUAAAAUUUACAGUUUACUAACAAAUUGGCAAUGUUUGAAUUUUUUUUAACAAAAGCUGAUUAUCUUGUGAAAAUUAUCUCAAGAAUGUUAUCAUAUUUUUUAUUUGAUUCAAUCAAUUGCUGAUCCAUUCGACAACAUUUUCCUACAAACAAAAUGUUCUUGUCAAGUUUUCUAGCUGUCACAUUUUGAAAAUAAAUGAAUCUGUUGGAUUA